CAGCGAUACGAUGGAAUGUGAUUAUUGAUACAAUUUCCUUAAAGAAUGUUGUAUUUUACCAGUUUCAUUUUGCGAGCGUUUCAUUUACACGUUGGUAUUCUGAUUGUUGAUUCUGCUCAUGCAAGUUUUGCAAACCCGAUCGAACACGGAACACAUGAUUUCGUUAAAAGAGCCGCUCGAGAUGGAUUCCAAAUUUCCAAUACAUUUAGAGCGAAUUCAACCCCAUCAGGUAGAAAUGAUUCGGUAAAUUCCAAUUUGGGAGGGAACACCCACCUGUAUUCCUUUGGGAGAGGAAAGGAUGGUGGUAGGGCUUAUGGAUUCGAUAGCGUUAAUUUUGCCUUCAGUCUGGGCCGCGAUAUCAAGGCAAUUCUGGAGAAGCUCGAUAAGGUCAUGGCCAACUCCAUGGGUGGUUAUUUAGCAUUGAAAACCCGCGUUGAGUCUCUGGAAAAUUUGCUAAAAGGAGAUUAUGUUAAAAAGUCUGAAAAUAUCUCCGAAGAGCUACGGAAUCUCCGACUUACCGUCACCAACCGCCUAGCUCUACUGCAAAAUGGUGCAGACAUUGCCGCGCGUACUUCAAUGAAGUGUUUGUUGAAGAAAAGAGACAAGCCUGUUCCAGUGGGAACCAUGAAAGCAGGAGAUGAACUGUAUGCCGAAGAACAGUUUUGCUCCACCGACAACCAGACAUGCCUGUACCUGCAGAGCAACGGGAAUAUGGUGCUCUACCGGACGAUGACAUUGCAGGUUAUUUGGACAUCAUACACCGGUGUGGGUGACUGCCGGUCGCUUCUCAGGAUGCAAUACGAUGGCCGCCUUGCGCUGUAUCAUUUCCCAACUAAGGAAGCCAAAGGGGCGACAGCAUUAGCUCACGGUGCCAAGCUGGUAUUUCGAACCAAUCUGUGUCUGAAGCUAUAUGACGAUUCCGACUGUUUUUGGUCAACUGAUUUCAUUGAUUCGGCGUGGGACUCUCAGAUAUAUUAUCAGAAAUGAGAGCAGCGUACCAUUUACC